CCCGCUGCCUUGUCGUGUCUUUUGUUGACGUGCAGACAAUGGAGGGAAUGUGCGGCAGAUAAGGGGAAGUGAAGCACCAGGAUUUCUGCUGUGAUUUCUAGGAAGAUUCAGCAAUGAGGUAUCUGUUUGGAUGGUAAAGUUUUCUGCUGCUGCUGGAAGAUGAACGUUGGGGGCUCGGCGUGGCCCCUUUCGCCUUCGGAGAGCCUUUCUCCAAGUGAGGCGCGGUAACCAGUUCCUUCUUAUUAUGGCUCCCAGGAUUCACAGCGGUUUCUGUUCUCUGACCUGCGGAACCUUCCAAGCGCAGAGCGAAUGCUCGGGCUGAGCACCGAGGCACCUGGGUACGGCUGGUGCGGAGCCCGGCGUCCUCCUGCCAGCGGGUGGUAAAAUGUUGAAGUUGAAAGCCUUGUGUCUGGAUUAUUGGCAGUUUCUGUGUCUCCAGCCCCUCCACGGAUUCUAUAAAAGUGUUGAGGGUGAGAUUCCUGGGAGUGAGAAUGCAGCUUCCAUAGAUGACACUUCGAGUUACCACCAAGGCGCAAUAACCCACAGCUCGUCCAUAAGUCCCGACCAGUACGACUAUCCAUCCUACGCCCUGUACGGUGCGUCCCCCGCACAGCGCUCGCGGAGACCCAAACUGCAGCACUGCGUCUCUAUCCUGAGGAAGCAAGCGGAGGAAGAGGCCAUCAAACGGUCCCGGUCGCUGUCCGAGAGCUAUGAGCUGUCUUCGGAUCUCCAGGACAAGCAGGUGGAGAUGUUGGAGCGCAAAUACGGAGGCCGUCUCAUAACUAGACAUGCGGCGCGCACGAUACAGACAGCUUUCCGCCAGUACCAGAUGAACAAAAACUUUGAGAGACUGAGAAGUUCCAUGUCAGAAAAUCGCAUGUCCAGGCGCAUUGUUCUGUCCAAUAUGAGGAUGCAGUUCUCCUUUGAAGGACCAGAGAAAGUCCACAGCUCCUAUUUUGAGGGAAAGCAGGUAUCUCUGACAAAUGAUGGAACGAAAAUGGGGCGCAUUGUGCAGUCUGAGCGCGGGGAUCUCGGGGAACAACCAUCGCUGAAGUCCCCAGCGGCGUCCAGUGACUUUGCGGACGCCAUAACCGAGCUAGAAGAUGCUUUCUCGAGACAAGUCAAGUCUCUAGCAGAAUCGAUUGACGAUGCAUUAAAUUGCCGCAGUCUGCAUGCAGACGAGGUACAGACUUCCGAUCAAAUUAGAACUCGUGACAUAGAGAGAAAUAGUUCUAGUCAGAUGAAACCAGCACAUAAUUUAGAUCACAGGAAACUUGAUGAGAUGACGGCAUCUUAUAGCGAUGUCACGUUGUACAUUGACGAGGAGGAAAUUUCUCCUCCUCUCCCACUUUCCCAGUCUUUGGACCGAACAUCCGGGACGGAAUCCGACGUACGACUUCGGUCAAUGAACUCUUCUCAAGAAUACUGGUCAAUGACGCACAAGGAUGACAAACUGGACACGGAUACGAGCUGCCGCAGCACACCGUCUCUGGAGUGUCAGGAUCACCGCUCGAGACUCGAUCACCUACCUUUAUUGACCAUCGAGCCCCCGAGCGACAGUUCUGUGGACUUAAGUGAUCGUUCGGAAAGAGGAUCGAUAAUAAGGCAAAGUGUCUAUGAACGGUCCAUACACAGUCAGCAGGGAAGCCCCAAACAUAUUGCGCACAUUCCUGCAAAGAUAUUAACGCGUGAAGACGACCAGCCUCGCCAUCGAACAAGACCGAUAGACCCACAAUUAAUUAUUAAUGGCUCCCUAAACAGACAGAGUAAAUCCGAAUCGGAUUAUUCAGACGGAGACAAUGACAGCAUUAAUAGCACUUCCAAUUCGAACGACACGAUACACUGCAGCUCGGAGUCCUCCAGGGACAGUUUACGCGAACAAACUCUGAGCAAACAAACGUAUCACAAAGAAACCCGAAACAGCUGGGAUUCUCCUGCAUUUAGUAAUGAUGUCAUCAGAAAGCGCCAUUAUAGGAUUGGCCUGAAUCUUUUCAAUAAGAAGCCGGAGAAGGGGGUUCAGUACCUCAUUGAGCGUGGAUUUGUGCCCGAUACCCCCGUGGGGGUGGCGCAUUUCCUGCUGCAGAGAAAAGGACUCAGCAGGCAGAUGAUCGGAGAAUUUCUGGGCAACAGGCAGAAGCAAUUCAACAGGGACGUGUUGGAUUGUGUUGUGGAUGAAAUGGAUUUCUCUGCCAUGGAAUUAGAUGAGGCGCUUCGUAAAUUUCAGGCUCAUAUCCGGGUACAGGGAGAGGCCCAGAAAGUGGAACGGCUGAUUGAGGCUUUUAGCCAGAGGUACUGUAUCUGCAACCCUGGGGUCGUCAGACAGUUUCGCAAUCCAGACACCAUCUUCAUCUUGGCCUUCGCCAUCAUCCUGCUGAACACGGACAUGUACAGCCCCAACGUCAAACCCGAGCGCAAGAUGAAACUGGAGGAUUUCGUGAAAAACUUAAGAGGCGUGGACGACGGUGAAGACAUCCCGCGAGAGAUGCUGGUAGGAAUAUAUGAGCGGAUCCGCAAGCGGGAACUGAAAACUAACGAAGAUCAUGUAUCCCAAGUCCAAAAGGUCGAAAAACUUAUUGUGGGGAAAAAGCCGAUCGGAUCCUUACAUCACGGCCUUGGCUGCGUCCUGUCUCUGCCCCAUCGCAGGCUCGUCUGUUACUGCCGUCUCUUCGAAGUUCCCGAUCCGAACAAACCCCAAAAGCUUGGAUUACAUCAGCGAGAAAUCUUCCUCUUUAACGACCUGCUCGUGGUCACCAAAAUCUUCCAGAAGAAGAAGAAUUCCGUAACGUACAGUUUCCGCCAGUCUUUCUCGCUGUAUGGGAUGCAAGUUCUUCUCUUUGAAAAUCAGUACUAUCCCAACGGCAUCCGACUUACCUCCGCGAUUCCAGGAGCUGAUAUCAAAGUGCUGAUUAACUUCAACGCUCCCAAUCCUCAAGAUCGCAAGAAGUUUACGGACGAUUUGAGAGAAUCGAUCGCCGAGGUGCAGGAAAUGGAAAAGUACAGAAUAGAGUCCGAGUUAGAGAAGCAGAAGGGGGUGGUGCGGCCGAGCAUGUCCCAGUCCGCCAGCCUGAAGAAGGAGUCUGGAAACGGCGCCUUGAACAGAACGUGUCUGGAUGACAGCUACGCCAGCAGCGAGGGUCUGAAGAGGAGCGCGCUCAGCAGUUCCCUGAGAGAUCUUUCUGAAGCAGGGAAACGUGGCCGCCGCAGCAGUGCAGGAUCGCUAGACAGCAAUAUGGAAGGGUCCAUCAUUAGCAGCCCCCACAUGCGCAGACGAGCCACCUCCACCCGUGAAUGUCCGUCUCGCCAGAGCGUUCCCAGCUCUUCCUCCCUCCUAGGGUCUCUGUUCGGUAGUAAGAGAGGAAAGCCAUCUUCCCAAGGUCAUUUAGUAGCAGGGCCGCCGCCGCCACCGCAGCAUCCAACAUUAAUCUCACAUCAGCACUACGCGGGAUCAGCAGAAGGGCAGACACAGGCACAAGUGCAUGCGCAGUACCGCCACAUGCAGCAGAACCCACCACCGUACCAUCACCAGCAUCACUACCACCCCCCCCAACACCUUCAGCAGCAUCAGUACCCCCCGCACGCGCCCUACAUCCAUUCCCAGCAUGCCCCCCACCACCAUUCCCAAGCCGUCCCGUCUGUGUCUGCAAGCACCAAACCCAAACACAGCGGGAUCAGCACAAUCGUCUAACACAUUAACCCUUUAACACUAACCACACAGUGUACAGAAACCUAAGUAACGGCAUUCCUGCUGCGUGUCGGGUCAUUCAAUGGUUAAACAUACUGUUUCUGUGUAAUUAUAGCAACUUAGAAGCUUGAAAAUAAAAUAUUUAAUUUUUGGAUUCUAGCAAUACGGGCUCGCAGCUUUUCCCGUGAUCUGAAGGGGGUAGGUUUGGGGGGGGGACGUGUUUAGGGGUUCAGUAUUUUUCCGGAAGUACCCUUUGCACUUAAGACCUUGAGGCAGUCGGUAAAUGUGCCAAUUAUCUAAACGAGGACAGAACGCAGAUCAGUAUUACUGCUCUCAUACUUCAGGUAAGCAAAGCUGUCGGCGCCGACGCACUUCCUGGUGAAAGCCGCCGGCGCUCACACAAUAACCGCCUCGGACACUUUAACGGCUGUAAGAACUGUGAAUUUUCAUGACCUAAUUUUUCUAUAUAUGCACACGAUUUGUAGACACACAGAAGUAGUUGUGUGACCAGCACAUGCGCAUGACCCAUCGCCAUCGCCUGAAACCUUUUGCUAUUCAUACCGUUUGAUUUUGAAGAUAUGAUUAAACCUUUUCUAGCAGAGAA